AUGCCCGCCUCCGUCCACUCCGAAGAACAAGACCAGUCCAUGCUGGACGCCUCCGCGCCCCAGGAAGAGCAGACCGACAUCCUCGAGCUAGACGAGAAGCGCAUUGUUGUCUUGCCCGGCUCGUCCGACACCGCAGCUUCGUUCCAAUUCGAGGGAGAGGGUCACACUCUGGGUAAUGCGCUGCGAUAUGCGAUCAUGAAGAACCCCGAAGUCGAAUUCUGCGGUUACACUAUCCCCCAUCCUUCUGAGACGAAGAUGAAUCUUCGCAUUCAGACUUAUGAAACAACCACCGCCGUCGAAGCCCUCGAAAAAGGUCUCGACACUCUAAUGGACCUCUGUGAUGUCGUUACGGAUAAGUUCACCACUGCUCGGGAUGACUUUAAUGCUGCACAGGCGGAUCGCAUGGAGGCUUAG